AUGUACUGCGCCUUGUUGAAAUACAUCAGUAAGCGUUUCAACAAAAGGCUGUUCAAGAAUUAUAUGUACCACUUCACAAUAUUUUUGUUACAUAUGAUGCCAUCCUCAGAAAAAACUCAAUUAGCACAGAGUCCGGUGCUAACACUGCUCCAUUAUAUAGUUAUUGAUAUAAUUAUCAUCAAACUUGAUGCCAAUUAUUCAUCCCAUGAGUUAUAUAAAGUGCCUGUGUAUAAACAAGCAAAUUGA